GCGCAGCCCAGCGCAGGAGCCCGGAGCCCGGAGGAAGCCAGGUGCUGACGUCAUGACCACAGCAGGAAACCCCUGGGGCUGUUUCCUGGGGUACCUCAUCCUUGGUGUCACAGGAUCGUUGGCCUCGAGUAGCGGCGGCCACAUCAUAAACGGCGAGGACUGCAGCCCGCACUCGCAGCCCUGGCAGGCGGCACUGUUCGCGGAAAACGAAUUCUUCUGCGGGGGCGUUCUGGUGCAUCCGCAAUGGGUGCUGUCAGCGGCACACUGUUUCCAGGACUCUUACACCAUCGGGCUGGGACUGCACAGUCUUGAGGCCAACCAAGAGGCAGGCAGCCGGAUGAUGGAGGCUGAGCUCUCCAUCCAGCACCCAGAGUACAACAAACCCUUUAUCGCCAACGACCUCAUGCUGAUCAAGUUGAAAGAAUCCGUGUGCGGGUCUGACACCAUCCAGAACAUCAGCAUCGCCUCCCAGUGCCCGACCGCUGGAGAUUCUUGCCUCGUUUCUGGCUGGGGUCAGCUGAUGGAUGGUGGGCAGCCCCAAGUGCUCCAGUGCGUGAAUAUCUCCGUGGUGCCGGAGGGGAUCUGCAGUUCCUUCUAUGCUCCCGUGUACCACCCCAGCAUGUUCUGCGCUGGCGGAGGACAGGACCGGAAGGACUCCUGCAAAGGUGACUCUGGGGGCCCCCUGGUCUGCAACGGGUCCCUGCAGGGCCUCGUGUCUUUUGGACAAGCCCAGUGUGGCCUACCCCACGUGCCAGGCGUCUACACCAACCUCUGCAAGUUCACUGACUGGAUACAGAAAACCAUCCAGGACAGUUAACUCCCGGGACUUGGACCCAAGCAACCGAGCUCCCAAUAUAUGUUGCGGAAGGGAUUCAGGACCCUGGGUGUCCAGUGCUUUCCUUCCUGACACCCAGGAGUCUAGACCCCCAACCCCCUCCUCCCUCACCCCAGGAAUCCAAUCCCAUCAAGAAUCUUUUCCUGGGGCGCCUGGGUGGCACAGCGGUUGAGCGUCUGCCUUCAGCUCAGGGCGUGAUCCUGGCGUUCCGG